GGCCCCUCCCCAUUGGCGGCCAAAGGUGAGGCUGUGGAGGGCAUCGACGCUGUGGCCGGUGCCUUGGAAGCCGUGCACCGGACGAUCCACAGAUGUCGAACCCUAGGAAUAGUCUCUGCAGAAGAGUUGGCGGCCCUUUGCCGGCCUUCCCUGUAUCUCCAAGUGGAGGUUGCCUUCUCGCCUCUCGCUGACUUGGAGGGCGAACUCACCGACACCGGGCUCCUUUCCCUCGUGGACCUCCCGAGCCCAGACACCGAGACGCUCUGGGAAACGCAGGAUGCCCAGGCACUCUGCCGUGCAGCCUUGCGCGAGGCGGAUGGUGCGCUGGCAUCCCACUCAG